CACUUGUGCACCUGUCGCCUGUACCUGACUCACUGUUGCGCCUUGUAACAAAAAAACCCAACACAUUUGCGGCUGGUCUCGACUUACAGUGCUACUACUACGCGGAAUGAAGAAUGAAUGAAGUCUGAAUGCUGUUUUGUGGAAUAACAAACAAAGAUGGAGCUGUUUUGUGUCCGCGGGAGCAGCGAGAUGGGAAAUAACAGCCGUUUACUUGGAAACUGAGAGCCCCAUGGAGAGAGAGAUGUCUUCUCAUGGAACAAAGCAUGUGGAGUGAUGCGGUGGCAAGUGCUUCUUCGAAAAAUGGGGUGGAAGCUGGUGCUCAAGCUGUGGCUCCACCCAUGAGGAAAACUCGGACCUGUAAGUGUGUCCUGGCCUUUGUCGUCCUCAUCAUUGUCCUCAUUGGUGCAGGAGCCACACUGGCCUGGUACUUUUUGGAUUACAGGAUUUGGGUUUUGGAGCCUCGCGUCCAGCAGCACUAUGCCGCCUACGUCUCCAUCCUCAACCGCAAAUUCUCCAGUGACUUGUCCUCUCGCAACAGCGCUGCGUUCAAGAAAGAGGCCGCGGGAGUGAAGAUGGUGGUAGAGGAGAUAAUGAAAGACUCAAGUCUUUCCCGAUACUUCAACUACACAAGUGUCUUUGCCUUUGGGGAGGGGAGCGUUGUGGCUCACUUCUGGAUAGUGAUGUCCGUGCCAAGCAGCCACGUCGAGAGGGUCACCCUCAUGAGAGUCACCAGAAGCCUGGAGGAAGGCCUGAGGGGAUACAGAGGGUCGGUGGCGGCGCAGAUGGCCAGCUUAAAUGGAUACGUCUUCUACCUCCCUUCACUCUCCGUCAGUGACUGCUACCACUACCAGGAGGUGGUGUCCGGGGGCCCCGUGGCUCUUCCUGGCCCGGACACACAGCACUCCUCCUGCCUGUGGCACCUCCAGGCUGCUCCUGGCUCCCAGUUGGAGCUCCACAUGGAGUGGCUGCUGCCACAGUGCCAGGACAGGCUGGUGGCGUACAAUUCCCUCACUCCCUGGAAAAAUCACCUCAUCACAUUAUUGUUUGGCUGCAGUAGACAUGAACGCGUCGUCAGUGUCUUGUCCUCGGGCGAGACGAUGGCGGUUGUUUGGAAACAGGGUCUUUACAGCUACGAGCACUCGUUCUCUUUGACGGCACAGGCCCGCGAUCGCCAGGACUGUGACUCCACUAUUGAACUGAAGGCUGUAUCCGGAAUCCAGGGAGUACUGAGGACGCCCUUUUUCCCAAGCUACUACCCUCCUGACACCAACUGUACCUGGACCUUUAUUGUCCCCACUAAAGGGAUGGGCUUGUCUCUGGAGUUUGAGGGCUACAAGCUGAGCAGAGCCAGCAACUAUAAGACCUGUACUCAGGGACAGUGGGUCCUCCAGGACCGCAGACUGUGCGGCACCAGGAGUCUGCAGCCGUACAGCCAGCGUCUGUCCCCGCUUUCCACUACGGCCACGGUGGUCAUGACGUCCGAGGUGUCCCUCACGGGGCCGGGCCUUCAGCUGCACUACAGCGUUUUCAACCUAUCAGAUCCCUGCCCUGGUCAGUCUCUGUGCAGCAUUAACGGCCUGUGUGUUCCUGCCUGUGACGGCAUCAGGGACUGUCCGAAUGGACUCGACGAGUUGGACUGUGUGUGUGUGGCUCAGUACCCGUGUCCAGGCGACAGUCAAUGUGUGGACUACAGCAAGGUGUGUGACGACCACCCGGACUGUCCAGACGCCGCAGACGAGUUGAACUGCACUAAUGGUAUGGUGGCGUGCACCGACAGGACUUACACGUGUGCAGAUGGAACGUGUCUGAAAAAGUCAAACCCAGAGUGCGACUCUGUCGCUGACUGUCCGGACGCCUCAGAUGAAGAACAGUGCGACUGUGGCCUGAGGCAGUCGUCCAGUCGUAUUGUGGGAGGGACCAAUGCCACAGAGGGGGAGUGGCCAUGGCAGGUCAGCCUGCAGGUGCGAGGUGCCCACGUCUGUGGAGGGGCACUGAUCACCAGCCAGUGGGUGGUGUCCGCCGCCCACUGUUUCCAUGGCGAUCGCCUCCAGCGGUCAGUGUGGACCGUCCACCUGGGUAAACACCUCCUCAGUACCAGCAGCCCCACAGAGGAGACGGUGACAAUUCAGCGGAUCCACCUUCACAAAUACUACAACAAUGAGUCCUACGACUAUGACCUGGCCCUGCUGCAGCUGGACCGGUCCAACUCCGCGGUGCAGCCUGGACGCGCUCGACCCGUCUGCCUGCCGCCACCGAGCCAGCGGCUGGAGCCGGGCCAGGUCUGCUGGGUCACCGGCUGGGGCUCUCUGCAUGAGGGAGGAAGUGCCAGUAAUGUUCUUCAGAAGGUGAAUGUUCCUCUGGUCAGUCAGGAAGACUGUAUUCUCUCUUAUGGCCAGUUGCUCACUCCCACGAUGCUUUGCGCUGGUUACCGGAGCGGAGAGAAAGAUGCCUGUCAGGGAGACUCUGGUGGUCCCUUGGUCUGCCAGGAGCCGUCUGGUCGCUGGUUCCUCGCCGGGGUGGUGAGCUGGGGCAGCGGCUGUGGGCGUCCAAGGUACUACGGCGUGUACACCCGCAUCCCCAGACUCACCGAGUGGAUCAAGGAGGUCAUCAGCACCUCCUGAGUCACCAUCUUCAUCAUCAUCAUCUCAGUGCAAACUGAAACGCCCGAUGGUCGCAAGCAAAUAGAGAAGUGGCAGUAUAAUACAAUUUGCACAAUGUACAGUUGAAAAGAACACAUGCCAAAUAUGAAAUAAACGAAAUAAAAUCUUA